CACAGCUGUACUUUCUGUACCAGUCACUCCUCCUCCAUCAGUAGGACGCUGCUCCACCCUCUCCAGCGCGUUCAUCUCUCCGUCCGUUACUGUCCCACGAGUGGAGAGGAUUUCAGCACCGGGACAGAUCCACCACCGUCUCAGGCAACAUGGCGACUGAGUUUCACAACCUUCAGGAGCUGCGUCACAGUGCGUCUCUGGCCACCAAGGUCUUCAUUCAGAGAGACUACAGUGACGGCACAAUCUGCAAAUUCCAGACCAAGUUCCCUGCAGAGCUGGACAGCAGGAUCGAGAGGAGCCUGUUCGAAGAAACGGUGAAGACGCUGAACUGCUGUUAUGCAGAGGCUGAAAAGAUUGGGGGUCAGUCCUACCUGGAAGGCUGCCUGGCUUGUGCUACGGCCUAUAUCGUCUUCCUGUGCAUGGAGACACGCUAUGAAAAGAUCCUGAAAAAGAUCAGCAUGUAUAUUCAGGAGCAGAAUGAGAAGAUCUAUGCACCCAGAGGUUUGCUCCUCACAGACCCCAUCGAGAGAGGCAUGAGAGUGAUUGAAAUCUCCAUCUUUGAAGACAGUGGCUCCACCAGCUCCAGCUCCACUGGUUCUCCGUCCAGUGGCACGGCUCAAUGACUGGAGGAGCAGCACCAGGGGUAUGGGUACAGGGGGGCCAGUUCGCUCCCCAAAAUCCGCAUGUUGAAACAUGAGAGCACCAGAUUUUAAAGAAAGAGAGUGAGAGAGAGAGGAAGUACAGAUACUGCUCACUCACUCACUUCUUCCAAACAACAAGUGCAAAGCCAGGAGCUUUGAUUCACAAACACACCUCCCUUUCUCCAUCUCUUUUGAUUUUGAGCCUCCUCUGCAUUUCCAUUAGUGACAGACACAUUUUGAUCAGACGCCCUCAAUACUGAAAUAAAGAGGCCUAGCAGACAGGUACAAUGGAUAGAGUGCUUCCAACAGAUUUCUAACGGUGUGUUAGCUCUGGAAAAUCCAGAUUAAGAUGGUUUUGAAACAUAUUACUUUAAUAUUUUUUGUUAAAGGUGCAGUAUGCAAUAUUGACAGCCAUUAGCUACUGCAAAUGGGUUGACAUGGGUUCAAAAUCAAAAUACUGGAGGGAGUUGUUUUUCCUGUCCCUCCUUCUUAGACUUUACGCUCACAAGGUUUGCCAGAUUGAGCGCACACAAUAUGAACGAUCGCAACUAACAACGAAAAGUGAUGAGCCUGACACUGUAAAGCCCCUGUCACACUGCACACUGGACCUGGAAAAUUGCCGAAACAUUGCCGGGUCGCCUUCUUUGAAAGUGAAAGUGAAGUGACAUUCAGCCAAGUAUGGUGACCCAUACUCAGAAUUUGUGCUCUG